AUGAAUUUUACCUUAAUACGUCAACGUGAAGUUCAACAAGGAUUUUAUAGUCAACAUCAAGUUACUUUGUUCACAAUCCAUUUGACAAUUGGCCGAGAGCAACGAAACGUAGCGAUCAUCAGUGAUUAUAUGGAACAUACAACAUCGUUUGUUUACUGUGCACAACAAAUUCUCGUCCGAUUCAUCAAAAAGAACUUUCCAUUGGUGAAAAAGAUCAGUUAUGUCAGCGACGGCGCUAGUCGACACUUCAAGAACAACGCUAACAUUUUCAACUUAAUUCAUCACAAGAUCGAUUUUGAAUUAGAAGCUUCUUGGACAUUCACUUCCACCGGACACGGGAAGUCUGCAGGGGAUGGAAUUGGUGCUACCUUGAAGUCAACUGCUAGACGUGCUACACUGUCGAAGAAUAUUCGGUUGUCCACCGCAAAAGAUUUCUUUGAAUUCAAACAGAGACAAUCCGGCUGUUUAUGUGUUCUAUCUCGAGGCAGAUGA